AUGGUUUCCUUUUAUUUACAGUGCUUCUCUCCUGUAACUAUAUAUUAUAUUUGCUCUAAUCCUCGCAAACUUCUUAGUGUGAGGACACAACCUUGCAUACUAAAUACCGCACGAAAAUAUUCUGUUGGAGUCUCUGUUCAAGAAUAUAAACAACAGCAGCAACAACAACAACAACAACAACAGCAGCAGCAACAGCAACAGUUUGCGAUUCGAGGUGAACUGCAAGAGCGACAGCAGCGCAAAAGCGAAGGAACAGAGACCCAGCUGAGUGUAACGAGUGCGUCAAGCAGCGAGGCAGGUGAGAGUAAUGAACCGACCAGAAGCGAAUUCAUGACUUCGAAGAUAUAG